AUGCCGAGGAAGAAGAAGUCCCAGCUCAGCUUGACGAGCGAGGACACCAAGGCGGAGAGCUCGGUGGCAGCAAGCGUUCCUGCAUCUCCAGAUCCUCAGUCGCCGCAUUCGACGGUGCAAGGAUCCGCAGCGAAGAAAAGUGGUGAGAAGAGCAAGCCGGCAGCACAGCCAUCGACGCACUGGCGAUACAUUUCCUCUUUCCACGGUCCUUGGCUUCAAUUGCCUCCGGAUAUACUCGAGACGCUGUCCUACAGCAACUAUGCCUCUCCCCGUCCCCACCCGAUCGAUCCCGCCGUGUUCUUCGACAUCGUCAAGAUUCGCCGCUCGAUCGACGAAGCUACCGAUCUUGCCGUCCGCGCCGCGAACGGGACCACGUCUUCGGCGCUUGGGAAUUCUCUCAACGCUGCCAAUGGGAUCUUGAGUGGUGGAAGCAGCGCCGUGCUGGGACUUGGGAUAGGCGGAGGAGGCGGACAUGCAAAAUUAAGUCGGGAGCGGAGGCAUCGGAUGCGAGAACAUGCGACGCAGAAGCUGUCCAAGGCAUAUCGGCUGGAUGAGAUUGCGGCGAGUGUGGCGACGAUGCAGUCUGCGUCUGCAUUGGAGGAUGUAGCCAAGCUGGUGCUGCAGCGGAACGAGUUCGAUUGCGACGCAAAGUAUGUGCAUUUUUUCCAUGAGAAGAUUCCGUCGCGGUCUUUGGCGCAGUGUACGAGCCUGGAGCCGUUGGAUGAGAUAAUUGCCUCGCGGCCUCGGGAAGGGUCGACGUUUAGGACGAGAGCGGUGACGAGGGUGUUUAAGGAGGAUUAUAUGGGUGCCGCGAGGGAUCUGACAGAGGGAUUGAGCGUCCAUCGACUGUACAGAACCGCGCAUAUGGAAGGAAGAAGUGGAACUGAGUCGCCAAAUGCUGGAAAGGUAAACGAGCCGCAGGUCAUGGACAUUCGGGAGGAAUUGAGAGUCGAUGAGAAGAACCAGCCGACCGGGCUAGAGACACAAUUACUGUUCCAUCGGGCCGGUGUCUACUUGAGCGUUGCCUGCCAGCAUAUCGCGUCUGCCCUAGAGUAUCUGAAACUGUCUGAAAAGGAAAGUCUUUCUCCACAGGAGCCCGAGAGCGAAGGCGGGAGUGCACCUUCAUUGUCUCCUGCUGGGAAAGAGGCAUAUCGCCGGUGGCUAGAAGCCCGAAAAAUCGUGAAGACAAAUGCUCGGCGGGCCCUUCGUGACUAUAUGAGCUUUUUAUCACACUUUGAUUACACGCCGGGGCUUUCUUGUGAGGUUGCCGAAGCGUUUCUACGAAAAGUCAACUAUACAGCGUCUGGUAAUUUCGGCAAGCCGCGACGUCCACGGAAUCAUUCAGGGCGUUUGCUGGAAUCCGGGAACGACGAUGAUGGCGGCUCUGGGAAAGACAGCCAGUCGUCUCUGCCUUCGACCAUAGUCUACAAGGUCUCGGAUCUUUUUACUGCCCAGCCUCCCGCCGAUCUACCUCCCUUUCCCGCCGAAUCCCAGGAACUGGUUCCAGCAUCUCAAACCGGCGGUAAUGCGACCAGCGAUGAUCGUUCCUCUCACGAAGCUGUCACUUAUCAUCCUCUUCUAACCGACGCUCUUCAUUCUCUUCUUCUUUGUCAUGCCCUCGUCCAGACGUCGUCAAAGGAACUCCUUCGCCACGCAUAUAUGACUGCUCGAAUUGCCCGAGUGUGCGACGGGUACCCGAUCUUCCUAGCUCCGCGUUCCCCCUCGCGCGCCGAUUGGAUCGAAGUAAUCAGCCACGUCCACGAUUGGAUCGACCUGAAACAAUCGUGGGAAUCGCUCUGCACGCCAGCACCACUGUCCCAAACCCAAGGGAUUGAAAAGCUCGAUAUUUCGGAAGAAGAGAAGCGGGAGAGCCGAAAACAUGAAGCGAUCCUGGAGGCACUGGGAGACGAUCGGGUAUUUGACGAAGCAAGCUUCCGAGCUGCUGUUCAAGCGCGCGAGAAGCGCAUGGAGCAGCAAGUGCAGCAGCGGAAGACGGGCGGACAAGGUGGCAGUCCGCUGAUCAAGCGUUGGGCGCAGGAAGAUGGAAAGGAGUAUCCGAUAUGUACGGAAAGAGCGGAAGGGAUCAUCCGCUGGAUUCAAGAGGCGCCGCUCACUACUGGUGAGGGACGAGCCAAGGGAAAGAGGGCAAAGAAAAAGAAGGGUUCAAAAGAGGAUGAUGAGCAUGUAGAGGGUGCUGAUCAUAGCUAG